CUGAUGAGAAAGAGGGAGGCGUUGACACGGUCAGCUUGUCUUUUCACAGGCGCAUGUCGCGGAUGAGCAGGCCGAAGCUGGCAAUGCAAGCGAGAGCAUGUUCAUUGUGAUCAUCGAUUGCCCAUUGACAUCGCUAAUAAUUAUGUUCCCCUUUGCUAAGACGACAGGAGCGUGGAUGCAAUGAGUGGCCCGUUGAUCUGUGUCCUCAAACAAGACCAUAGGAAGAGAAGAACGGCACGGCAGGAGCUCGUCAAAUUUCCUCGCGUGUCAAGAGUCUAGACACGAUCGAGCCCGUGGUUAAUUCGGCCAUGGCCGGCGCCUAUUCAUAUCUCCGGCUCCCGGCGACCGCGAGCAUGCAGCCUCUCCUUCGUUUCGCUCGUUCCGGUGCCAAGAAUAGGCGCGCCGCGGGCCCGGGGGGGGGGGGGGGGGCACACUAUUUCUACGCGGCGCGGCCACCGAGGGAGUCCCGCAACCAAGCCGAGCUCCUUGGGAUCCGGUGCCAGGCCUCGCCUCGCGCGGCGGUGCUCCCUCUUCGUCCCCCAGCGACGCGGGCCGGCGGACAUGAAGGGGAGCGGUGCCAUGAAGCCGUCGUCCAUGUUCUACGUCCACGAGGCGGACGUCGUCCAGAUCCACCACUUCCUCGAGGAGUGCUCCCUCUGCGCCAAGUCGCUCUCCGGCGACAUCUUCAUGUACAGAGGUGACACGCCGUUCUGCAGCGAGGAGUGCAGGCAGCAGCAGAUCGAGGUGGACAGGGCGAAGCACCGGCGGAAGAAGCGCGCGGCGGCGCACGCGCUGUCCGCGCGCAGCAAGGAGAACCGGCACCACCACCACCACCACCCCCAACACCACCACCACCACCAGCAACCGCAGCCGCGGAAGCCCGGCAUGGACGCCAACCCCUGGGUCGACGCCGGCUUCGCGCGGGCGCCCGCGCUGCGCGUCUGAGGAACGAGCGCGCCACCACUCGCCGCGCCCUCGCCGCGCCGCGCGGGGGCCAGUCGUUUUCCGCGAGCUCUGCUCUGACGCGCACAGCACGAGACGGAAUCCUUUCGGUUUUAGGGAUCGGUUGCGCUAGUGCGUAAGUUACACGGCCCAGCGAUUUGGCUCGGGCUCUUUUUUGCUCAAACUACAACUACGUAGUGUCCUCCAAGGCUAGAACUGUAGAGCCACGGCCAUGAAUCAGUGGAUGCACGGCGUCACCACCGCUUUCUUCUGGCCUCGGCUGUAGUUCUUGCUUUCGUGGAAUGAAAUUUGUACGGUUUUCUCCUACCAGACUAGUAAUUUAUACUCUGAAUGUACAAACUGUAAAAGAAAAUACGAGGCAAAACCUAGUGAAAUACGAACCGAACAGAAGAGCGAGCGCGGAGGGCUGGAGAACAUGUGAAGAGAAAUUCAGAAGGUUAGAGCGGUGCUGCACCACAACUGAAGAUCUUGAUCUUUACAGUCUCCAUCCAUCUAUCUGCUGGCGCUCUUGUGUUCCGAGUUGUAUCCCUUCGCCGUUCCUGUAAUCUCUGCUCGGUAUGCCGUGCCUUCAGCAAUGUACCCAUCAUUGACUAUGAAAUGUAGGUGGGGAUCCUCCACCCCAAU